GGGGGGCAGACAGAAUGACGGACGAGAGACGCAUAUACGCGUUUUCAUCGUUUAAGAGCGAGUAGCUCAGCCUUCCAACUUGGAAUAGCCAGGUGCUGUUUGGACUGCAGGGAUUAAAACAAAAACGAAAAAAAAAAAAAAAAAAAACACGGACGCGUUAUCGCAGCUCCUCUCACGCAUGAACAGACAACCGAAGGAAGGCAGGAGCUGAAAAUGGUUGCCAGAGUCCUGUACGUAACCGUGGUGAUUUCCACACUAUUCAGUGCCUUACUUGGAUGCCCAACAGUUUGUACCUGCUCAAUCAGAUUUGGAUAUUAUUUUGUGGAUUGCUCCCACAGAGACUUGGCUGAAAUCCCAACUGCCGUGCCCCCUAAUGUUAACACUAUUAGUUUAUCAGCAAACAAGAUAAGUUUGGUACCACAAGGCAUUUUUAACAAUGUCACCCAGAUGAUGUCGCUAUGGAUGGCCCACAAUGAAAUCGUCUCCAUCGAGCCAGGAAGCCUCACGCCCAUGGUUUUCCUGCGUAAUUUGGACAUCAGCCAUAAUAAAAUAGUCGACUUUCCGUGGGGGGAUCUGCGGAAUCUCACUGCCCUGCAGUUGCUUAAGAUGAACCACAAUGAGUUGGUCAGUCUGCCCAGAGAUGCCUUUGUUAAUCUCAAAAACCUCAGGUCCAUUCGUCUUAACAACAACAAGUUCUCAACUAUAGCUGAGGGGACAUUUGAUGCUUUGAUUUCUUUGUCCCAUUUACAGAUCUUCAACAAUCCUUUUGCAUGCACUUGUUACAUAGACUGGUUUAGAGAUUGGCUUUCAACUGCUACCAUCUCCAUCCCUGAACAGAACUCGAUCAAUUGUGCUACUCCAGCGACACUUCAAGGAGAAAUGAUAGUGAACUUACCUGAUUCAAAAUGCACACACCCGAAUGUCACAAUAUGGACUGAGCCAAAUAUUGACUACACCACUUUGUACGAGGGCGAUGCUUUGGUCUUACAUUGUGAGUAUAAAGGAAACCCAAAGCCAUUGGUCACAUGGAAUAUUCGCAGUCAAGCACAAGAACUGAACCAGACUUUUACAGAGAAUGACUCAGCUCAAUCAAGUGACAGGUCCUUAUUGUCAAAUAAUUCAGUCCAGAUCUUUAAGAACGGAACCGUCAUCAUCUCACACCUUAGCACAGAGGUUGGAGGCAACUACAGCUGCGCUGCUUCAAACGAAUUUGGCACUGCAGCAGGCUCGCUUUUUGUCAAAGUGGUGCCUCCGUCAGAACAAGUAUCUGCAAAGGAGGAGACCACAACAGCGCUUUACAACACAACACAACAACCAAUCAAGUCAAUAACUGGAACGUCUGCUUUUGAUUCCGUUUCUGAACGUGUUUUGCCCACUACAGAGAUGAACCCACAGUCUCAUGAUGAGUUCAUGGGUGCACCUAAAUGCGGAUUGAAAGCUAAAAAAAUCCACAUCUCAAGCCAUGUCUUAAAUGGGAGCUUGGAUGACACAAAUUACUACACGUUUGACUUUGGCGUCAUUGCCCUAUGGGUGUCAGAAACAGAGGCAACCGUACGACUCAACCCUCUUCUUAUACCCAGGGACAAGCAGGCAAACCGGACUGCCGCCAUUGUCGCGUCAUCGGAAAGCCCUCCCAAUGCCACCGAAAACAACUAUGAAGAAAUCACUUCACGAGGACUGUAUCUGUGUGUUACCUCUGACCACGAACACUCCCCUGUGCUGUGGUCGCUGGUUAAAGAGGGUCUCAGCACUUACCUACUCAGUGGUUUGCGGCCUGGUACCAACUACUCCCUGUGUUUGACCCGCAAGGGGGAAGACUGUGAGGUGCAAGUGCUAUUCAGCACCAAAAAGAAGGUGCCUAAUUUGAUCAUCAUCAUCUCAGUCAGCAUCUGCCUACUGACUGUGUCCACCGUUCCUCUUCUAGGAGCCAUGUGUUUCCACUUGGUUUAUAAAUACCGCAGCAAAACAUACAAGCUGAUGCUAAAGGCCAGAGACCAGUACCAAAUGGAGAGGAACCGGGCCAGCACUGUCAACAUCACACCACUAACCGAGUCUCAGAGGAAUAUAAACGUCGAUCAACUGGAUGAAGAGGAUGGGGGUACAGAGAGUCUGGAUGGAGAGAAGGAGGCAGAUACAGAAGAAAGUGUCAUGACUGACACUGCCACUUUGUCUCAGUCAAGAGGGAAUUUGGAUGACUGCGAGGUCGGAUCAGACUUCAGUGAUAGGCUUCCUUUGGGGGCCGAAGCUGUCAAUAUCACAAGCAAUUAGAAAUACAUACAACAGUAAACAGUGUAGCAUGCUUGCCCAUGUGCAGCAGCUAAUCUACUGUGUUUAAUUCGUAACGCUUACUGGAAUGCAUUGCGUGGUUUGGUUCUAACAGUUAUAAAUGAAGUGCACUCCGUAUUGUUUCACAUUGUGCCAGUGACGUUAGAGAUGUGAGUGUGUUGUAUUAUGUGGAUGUGCUCAAAAGUCAUCUGAGGGAUCAUAACACUUAACGUCAACUUACCAAGCAACUAACUAACGAGACAAUCAAGCAGUGUCUAAUGAAUGUAGCAGACAGUUCAAUUGCAGAUCGUGAGAAAAGACACCUGAUUCAAAAAAGCUUGUCUAUUAUUAUUGCAGUUGAUGUGGCUAAGUGCCACACUUUUUUUUUUUUAUCGUUCCCUAUUAAAGAUACAAAUACAAGUGGAGUAUAUUGAGUAACAAUAAAUAUUGAAAAUUACACACAUGUAGCAAACAAUCAAAUAACAGCUAAAGUUGUCAUCAUCAUUAUUAUAUUUUCGAACUCAUUCCACAUGCUGGCCGGCAUGCAGCUUAUAGGGGUUGGGAGGGAGGAAAUGAACGAUCGUUGGACCAGCUAUAGAUAUAUGAGGUCCGCGACAUAUUUCAGGCCAGCGUACAUUAGCGGGUAAUUAUUGCUAAUGCUCCAGGCACGCACUUCUCCUCUCCCGCAUACAGAGACCUCUUCAUGCGAGACUAUUGCAGCGCAUUUAAGGGAAUGAGAGAAGCCAACUACAGUGCUGGAUCUGUGCUAGUUGCAAAAAUAGAGCCCUUCAAACAUGCUUUGUUAUUUGUGGAGAAAGUGGAUCGGUACUGUAUAAAAACAGUAAAAGUACAUGAGUGUUUCUGUUCAGUCCACUUUUAAAAUGCUUCUUAUCAACUUAAUUUUAGUAUUCGGAAUCUGAUGUAGACUUAGCUCAAAAGAUGACUUUGGUUGUGUUUACUGCCCUGUUCAAUCUAGUUUUUAACUGUCUUCUAUAAUCUCCUUUAUACUGUAUAGUCCGGCAUUUAAACAACAGUUGUGUUAUUAAUAUUCUUUCAAACUCCUUGCCUCGGUAAAAGUUGAAAAUGGGCUGAUUUGGUGACAUGUAUUAGCUUUUUGUUCAAUAACAAGGCACUCGAUCUGUUGUUUCAAUAAUGUACGAACUCAGUGAGAAGUUACAGUACACUGUACUUCGAACCACUUUGUUUUACCAUGGCGUGUUUUAGGUGGAACUAUGACCUCAAGCAUCCUGUUGUCAUGCUGCAAUUGAUCAGUCCUGAUCAAUAUAUGUGUAUGUCAAUAUGCAAAGGCCCUAUGGACUUCUGCACUUUCUGUAGUUCGUUCGUCACAUUAAGGCCAACUGACAGCUUCUUUAGCUCAUAUUUAAGAGUAUGCGUUUACUCAGAAGGCAGGAAAUGUGGCAACUAAAGCAACAUUUUCUUUCCUGAGGAUAAACGGUGAAUCAUCAGAAGCAGAGAAACAGGGGAAAUGUGUAUCUGAUUUUAGUUUGUUGUGUUGUCACAACUAGAUGAAACUAACUUCACAGCAGAACUGCUAAGCAAAACUGUGGGACCCCAGAUGCUGAAUCAGAUAUCCAUAGUUCUCUUGCGUUGAGAAAGACAAAUACCAGACUGUUGGGAAAAAAAGAACAUUAUUUCGAGAUUCCAGAUGCAUCAUAUUAGUGAAUGACAAAGAUCAUAAAAACUAUUUAAUCAGGGCCAGUGUGUUCUAGACCAUUCAACCCAACCCUCUGCCUUGACACACUUGGUUGUUUUUAAAAUCAUCUAAGGCCGUCACUUCCUCCUUACAUAAUUUCCUCAAUAGUUUGCAGCAUAAAUGCCAACUGUGAUGAAUUUUUCAGAAGAAUACUGUCAACAUUGCUUCUUUCUCAAUCAGUUUUAUCUUGGCUGUCACUGGAUGGAGCAGGCUCAGUGGAUGAUGCCUUGCCCACUUCCCUCCUGCUGCUUGUCUGCUUCCUGUGUUUCGGGCUGCCGUUUAGGAUGCUCUCCAAGCUCUGCAUUGUCUGGAAGUGCUUCCUAGAGCCCAGGAGAGCGGGAUUGUUGACCAGUGUGUACACCAGCUGCCAACGAGAGCGAAUCCUGCGACUGCUGGUCGACGUGCUCUGCGAGCUCUCCUGGAUCCCUGCAAAUAUGAUAGAGCAGGCUGUUAGGAUAGAACCAAAUGUCACACAUGAGUGCUUGAGGGUCUAUGACUAGACACUGUAUUACUGCUUUGUCUGCAUCAUACUGAGUACUGUUUCUAUGUAGCUAAAUAAUUGUUUUGUAUGGUCGUAUCUUCUUUCAAUAGGUUGAUAAACCAAUUUAUGUAAUUCCCCAAUAGGAAAAGUGACUAUGCUUUAAACUUCGGAAGAAGAAAACUAGAAGUUUGCCAGACACUAAAAAUAUUAAUAUGGACAAUAUUUAAAUAUAUCAGUCCAUAGCCUAAUGACAGUGCAGAAGGUGGACGUGGAUACAAAUACAAUUUAUAAUAAUUAAAAUUAAUCUAAAAGAGUGAUUUUGUCGUUGCACAUUAGUGUGUUUGAAGGGAAUAUCAGGGGUGGUGUGAAAUAUUUACAAAUUUCACUUAAAUGGUACAAAUUUGAUUUAUUGACUAUAAAUAAUGGCAUGGUGGAUGACUGGUAAGCACAUCUGCCUCACAGUUCUGAGGACCUGGGUUCAAAUCAGGCCUCGCUUGCGUUGAGUUUGCAUGUUCUCCCUGUGCCUGCGUGGGUUUUCUCCGGGCACUCCGGUUUCCUCCCACAUCCCAAAAACAUGCAUGCUAGGUUAAUUGAAGACUCUAAAUUGCUCGUAGGUGUGAACGUCAGUACGAAUGGUUGUUUGUAAAAACUGUAUGUGCUCCGCGAUUGGCUGGCAACCAGUCCAGGGUGUACCCCGCCUCUCGCCCGAAGAUAGCUGGGAUAGCCUCCAUCACGCCCGUAGCCCUAGUGAGGAUAAGAGGUAUGGAAAAUGGAUGGAUGGACUCUAAAUAAUGUGUCUUUGUUCAUCUGUCUGUGAAAGUGACUUAUAAUGACAGACAUAACAAUUAAAAGCUCUUCCACUAGAUGGCAGAAAGCACAUAAUUGACCUGCGUAUCCACUUUUUAUGACAUUCUUGUUUGGUGGUGUGCUAUUAGUAAAAUAUAAAAGAUUUGUACCCAUGUGGAUAAUAGUGAAUAAUCAACAUUAAGUAAUAUUUUCAAGUAAAACAAAAUGCAUACAAACCACUGUCACUCGUAAUAAUAAUAAUGACAACAUUCUGACAACAAGAUGCUGUAUAUACAGUUAUGUUUAGAAGUAUACAUACACUCAUAAAGGGCAUGCAAUCUUUUGGUACAGUCACUCUGUGAAGCAGACAUGCUAACCAUUAUUUUACUAUGCUGCCCUUUUUUUCACAUGAGAGGGAAAAUAGUAGCGAUCAACACGUGUGUGUGUAUGUGUGUUAGUAUGUAUAUAUAUAUAUAUAUAUAUAUAUGUGUGUGUGUGUGUGUGUGUGUAUACCUUCCUCCGCGUCUCGUAUUUUCUGGCCCACUUGGCCACCGACCACCAUUAUGUCCAGCAGCAACCCGCAGAAAGCUUUCAUGACCGGGUGUGACUGGCUCACCUCCACCUUCAGAAAGUGGGUGUAAUAGUGGAAUGCUGGGUGGGGUCAAAAGACACAUGAGCAGUGAUCGGUGACAGUAAUUCAACACUAUCAUAAACGUGUAGAUCUUUGAUUCUAAUAAUAGGAAUAUUAAUUCUCUAUACAUUGUAUCCUGUUGUUACCGAUCAAAUGUUUUGUAAGAGCUGCGUUGUCGCUGUUGUUUCAACCCUUUAUACCUGGGUCAUAGGCCUCAGCAGUGUGGUGUAGCAGACUGAUGUCGACACGGCCAAGAUGUACAAUGUUGUGCAGUGCAGUAAUGACCAUUCUCCAUAUGGCCACUAUCAGUCCCACCACGGUGUUGAUAAGAAACAGCAAAUAUGUCAGAAGGAACAAACUCUCCCUGGAAAUCCAACAAGCAAAGUGCAAUUUGAAACUUACAAUUGAAACCUUUCCCUUGACAAUGAUCUGUUAAGUGAUUCGCGAUCAAGCACAACAUAUCCAGCAUGAGGGUUCCUUGACGCAGAGUGACACAUGUUGUACCUGUUAUUUAAGUCUCUGGUGCCGGCAUCUUUUUUGACAAAGGCAAACUUGGCAGCGACAUGCUGAAGCACUGUGACCACGACUACUGUAACCCAUCCUGGCCUGAUGCAACGCACAGGUGAAAUUUGUUAAAUGUUGAUUUGUCAAAUAAGAAUUAAAAGAAAAUAAAUGGAUGAAUGUUUGCUGACUGACCAAGCUUUGCCAGCAAUCUCAAAGACAAUCAGGUUACGUCCAUAGAAGAUGGGGAUGAUGAUAAGGAAGACCAGGAACAAGAAGCAGAUAAAAAACACAACAGUCUGGAUCACCAUACCUGCCAAGAUAUCACGCAACAAAAAGACGUACAAUAUUUUUCGCAGUGUUUCUAAUAUGCUAACUCGUUCGUGUAAACAAAUGAGGUACCUAAAACAAAUUUCAGUAUGUGACGGUGAAGUUCUAUACCACUUUUCAACUACAUACAGGUGUUGCUUAUGUGUUCCAAAAAACAUGUAAUAAACAUAGAUCAGUAUUUCAAAGUGAAAAUAAAAAUGAUAUUCAAUGGGGUAAUUUUCAGAUGUGUUUCAGCGCAUACUAGGUAUUUAGUCGUCAUGAAGUACUGACAGUCAAAAAUAAUGGGUUAGUUUUAGGUAAAGUGAUAGAACAACCUAACUCAGUCCACUACAGAUGCUAUGGUAGGAUUUAGUGGUUUUAGGUGCUUAAAUGAGAUUUCAUGAUUAUAAGAGUAAGUUAACAUGAUGAACACAGAUGAUGUGUGAAGUGUUUUUGAGCUUUACCCAGACAGACGAUGGCAGCUUGGUAUCCAGUCAAGCCCAUCCAGCAGACAACACCGGAUUU